CAUUGAAUUCUGUACAGUGAGUUUUCUUCCUUACCCAUUACCCCUCACCCCCUGUUGUCAUUUUCUCACUCUCAAACGGGGGAGGGCCAAAAUUAAAUAUAAAAAAGAAAUCUCAAAUUUCCACAAUCCCCUUUUUCUCUCCAUCAAGAUUUCAAAGUGGGUGGGUGACUAAUGGAGAAUAGAAUACCACCGGGAAGUUACUUCCAGUACUCCCCAACUGCUUCACUUCAGAGGUCUUCUUCACCUUCGCCCGCCUCUUCAGAUCGUGAAAGAUAUUUGGCGGAAUUGCUUGCAGAGAGGCAAAAGUUGGCACCAUUUAUGCAAGUCAUGCCAAUAUGUAGCAGGCUCCUAAAUCAAGAGAUCAUGAAGACUUCAGGAUUAGUAUCUAAUCAUAAUUUUGUGGAUCAUGAAAGAAUGUUACGUGACAGAUCAUAUCGAUCAUAUGGUCAAAAACCGAAUGCAGGUCCAAUGGAUGUCGAGGCAUGGCCCUCAGUGCAACAAGAGGAUAAUCGGCUUCUCCAAAGAAUGGCUUCGUUUCAGGCUUCUGCUAUGGGUUGGCCUGCAGCGGCUGGAAUGGCAACCCCUACAGUUGUGAAAAAAGUGAUCAGACUUGAUGUUCCCGUGGAGAAAUUUCCAAAUUAUAACUUUGUUGGCCGAAUACUUGGUCCGCGUGGAAAUUCCUUGAAACGGAUAGAAGCCAUGACAGAGUGUAGAAUAUUUAUCAGAGGCCGAGGCUCCGUAAAGGAUACAGUAAAGGAAGAGAAGUUAAAAGAUAAACCAGGGUAUGAACACCUCAAUGACCCACUUCACCUGUUGCUUGAAGCCGAGUUUCCUGAAGAUAUAAUAGACUCGCGCUUGGAUCAUGCCGUGGCUCUACUAGAAAAUCUCCUAAAGCCAGUGGACGAGUCAAUGGAUACUUAUAAGAAGCAUCAACUAAGAGAAUUGGCUAUGCUGAAUGGUACACUAAGAGAAGAAAGUCCCAGCAUGAGUCCUAGUAUGAGCCCAAGUAUGUCUCCAUUCAACAGCAAUGGGAUGAAGCGAGCCAAAACAGGAAAAUGACAGGCAGUGCCAAGGAGCCCAGAGACGGGAUCUAUUCUAUAUAGAUGUUCACAUCAGUAGCAUCAAACUGAUUGUGUGAACCAAAAGUGGGAUCACUCAUAAGUAGAAGGGCAGAAGAUGUGACCAGAAAUCUGCAAAUGCAAAGGAGGUUUGUUUUUGUGGCAUAUGGUGAUGACUUUGGCAAAUGGCACCCAACUGCUUUCAUAACUUAGGUUUAAUGGAAUUAUAGUUAUCUAUUUUUUGAUGAGUAGUUUUGAUGCAUUUUAGUUCCUUUUACAUAAUUUCGUUCCCGGGUUUGAUUACUUAAAUAAGCACUGAUUGUAUUGCAAUAGUAUAGCUUAUGAUGAUAGCCUAAGGAUCCAAGGAUAGGACGGAUAACUUUGUAUUAUAGUUUGAUUGUUUACAUAACCGGAUACUUGAAUAAUGUUUAAGUUCUUUUUUACUUGA